AACGUGUGGUUUUGUCAUCUCUCUAGUUCAUUUCUCAUUAUUCUCUCUCUCAUAAUCAAUUGGAGAGCUCUCUAAUAUCUGUUCCCUUAUUAUUGUUCUCACUGCAGCUCCAUUUCCUUCGCCUUAACUGUCCCCUUGUGUCUCAUGCGAAGAAAAAAGGAAGUUUUUUAAUCCCAAAAACAGAAAACAAGAAAGCAGAAGGAAGAUCAUAUAGUCAUGGGUAAAAGUAGGCCACCAAAAUCAGAGUCUAAAACUUCAAGACUGCUUGAACCACAAUUUGUUGCCCCCAAAAAGAGAUGACUCAGAAAGUUGUGAUCACAGUACAAAUGGAAGCAAAUGCUAUAAAGCAGAAGAAUGAAGGGCCUCCUUCAGAUUGUUGGAGCUGGAGAAAAUAUGGACAGAAACCCAUCAAAGGAUCCCCUUAUCCCAGGGGUUACUACAAAUGCAGCAGCUCAAAGGGUUGUUCGGCUAAAAAACAAGUAGAAAGGUCCAGUACAGAUUCAUCCUUGUUCAUCAUUACAUACACAUCCACCCAUAAUCAUCCAGGUCCAAAUUUGCCUUACAAAGACUCCCCUCUCAAUCCUGUUACACAAGAUUCUCCCAUGACUCUGCAGCAAGAUCAAGAACCAAUAACGGACCGACAUGUGUCCCUCGAAGACAAUGAUGGCAUACUUGUCCAGCAAGAAGAGAAUCAAUUCACUGAUAAGUUGUUGGGAACAAUUUCAUAUGAUGAUUUUCUGCCCCUUUCUUACCCUCAACUAAUGAACUUUCCAAAAUCAGAAUUGUCAGAAGAAAAUGACUUUUAUGAUGAGCUAGGAGAAUUACAACUACCUCCAUCUUUUACUUCAUUUGCAGGCAUUUUUGAGGAGACAAUCCUUGUAGAUCCCUCUUAUUCUUAGUAAAAAAAUGCAGAGAUCACACUUCAGAUAGGUUUCAUUGACAGGUAGUAGUGUUUGUGAAUUUCUUGAUGGGUAAUUUCUUGUUGCCAAUGCCUGAGGUCAAAUCAUUUCAUUUGGCACAUUGUAAGUAUGAUAUUUCAGAAGGAGACUCAAAACAUUUAAUUUGUAGCCAUGUAAAGGAAGCUCGCUGCUUUGUUUUUGAUAAUAGGAUUUUGCAACACUUUGUAUUAACCUGGUUUUCUA